AGAGUCAGCACCGGCAAGUUGGUAUUGCGUUUCGUUGGCAAUAUUGCUAAAAAGCAAGAUGGCCUCUGUUGGGGUCAAACACGAAGAACUUGAGCAAAGGUUUUAAUUAGCAAGUUGUUGAAAUUCAUCAAUUAAAAAACUCGAUUUAGCGAACAUGACACAUUAAGACAUGUGAUUGGCAAGUGAAUCAAUCAAUGACUGUGUGUCAGUGUUCUGAUUAGAAGAUGGAUGCAACGGAGAAGAAGGCGUCGCGCACAGUUCACUUCUCCGAGGACGAGAGCAGCCUGGUUACGGCCACUUAUGGACCGGAGGACCCCUGGUUCACGGAUGAAGCAAUCUCAGCUGAAUUCCUUUCUACCAAGUACUCGGAAUCGUGUAUUAAGCAUGGUGUGCAAAGAAUACCAAAAGUCUUGAACCAACUUAAGGAAUUCAACUAUGAGCUUAGGGACCAGGAUCGUAUUCCCGUAUUCGACCUCAGUGGGACAGAGCUGGAGUACAUGGCAUGUGAAGCACUUGAAGAGAUUUUUAAGAGAAUCCGAUUUCAUGUGCUUGAUCUGGAAAACACUCGUAUUAGUGAAGAAGGAGCUGUCGCUAUGUUUGAAAUGAUAGAGUAUUAUGAGGCUUGCGAAACUGUUAACAUAUCAAGAAAUGCCAAAAUUUUAGGCAGGGGGUGGCAGGCAUGUUCUCGCAUGAUUAAAAAGACGCAGUGCUUAAAGGAGCUUAUUGCCAAGGAAACUUGCCUGAAAGAGGAAUUCAUUCCUUUCCUGACUCGUUCAUUAAAAAUUGGGACCCAUCUCGCAGUUUUGAAUUUGGAGAGAUGCCACUUGCAAGGAAAGCCAAUCAUAAUGUUAACUAAUGCAUUGAGGAUGAACAGAAGUUUGCAAGAAAUUUACUUGGGGGAAAACCAUCUAGAAUCUACAGAUGCUUACAACAUUUCAAAUCUUUUAAGUUAUAACACAAGUUUACAACUUCUUGAUUUGAGCAACAACAUAAUAGGUGACAAGGGCGCGCAACAUUUAUGUCAGCGCCUUUCUGGACACGUGUAUGCCCCCAGCCAGCCAGAUUCUCCUUCUAGUCCCGGUGAUGAAAAAACUGGGCUGAGGGUGCUGGUCAUGUGGAAUAACUGCCUCACACAAUCAAGCGGGCUUCAUUUUUGCAAGUUGCUGGAAGCAAAUAACGAUAUGGAGAUAUUGAACGUUGGGCACAAUGAUUUGACAGAUUCUUGGUUGCAAGGCUUGCGAGAGCCACUUAAAAACAAUUCGGGACUCUCGCGCCUUGGGCUGCAGUCAACCAAAAUUACGUGUGCUGCUGCCAAAGAUUUGGCUUUGGUUUUCGAGCACAACAAAACUCUUCAUAGGGUAGAUUUGAGAGACAAUCAGUUAAAGGUUGACGGACUUCAGAGUAUGCUUGAAAGCUUGAAGAUGAAUGAGAGCAUGACUCAGCUGGACUUGGACCAAAAUCCAACAUACCUUGAAUCUGAAGACUUAGCGCAGUAUCAGGCAGCCCUGCACUCGAUUAAUGAGCAGCUGAAGCUCAACUUGGAAAAAUGCCCACCAAACAGCUAUUCUUCAAGGCUGCCACUUAAUGUGGGACUGAAUUCAAGAAAGAUUUCACUUACUUGUGAAAUCAAAAUUCCCCAAACGAUUCCCAAGAAAACGCUUUCUUGCGGCAGGCUUCGUUCACCAGCGCCAAGUCCUACACCAAGCCCGAUCAUGAGUCCGAUUCCCAGCCCAGGUAAAUCGCGAUUUUCCGUCUCCAAAGUUGCAGAUCCGUCGCCAGUUGUUCCUGAAGUCAGAUCAAGGUUUUCCAUUACGCCUGUGACUGACAUUCCAAAAAUUGUCUUGCCUGAGGAGUCCAAAGUAACGGUCGGCUUUCAAGUCACGCCAAACGCGGCAACGUCCAAUAUUCCAGAAGCCUACAAGAUUGACUGCGAACAGGUCGACACAAACAGCAACCAGAAUUCUACUUGUGAACACAUUGAUAAUGAAAAUAACAAAAACAAUAACAACAAUGAUAGUGUUGAAUGUGAUGAUGAAGUAGAGCAAAUCACAUCAAAGAUGGAGCAAGAAGACCUGGACGCGCGACAGGAAGAAUUGACAGAGCCAAUUAUUUUGGAGGUAAAGCAAAAAGAGGAUGAAAAUUUUGACAUUAUCACUGAGAUGAAUCCAGCUUAUUUGGAUAGUGUUAGUCGGGAUUCAACCUCUAUCAACAGAAAUGAAAAGCAGCAGUUGAGCAUUUCCCAAACAUUUCCACCUCGAAUUUCAGAGCCUCGAAAACUGUCAGAGAACGCUCACAAUUACUCCAACACGGAUAACACCCAGAUUACCAAAUCUGAGUCAAAAUCCACGCUUCAAAGCUUAUUUGCCCUCUUCCAAACUCCGUCUCUAAGUUUUUCGUCUACUGCGUCUGCAUUUUACGCCAAAACUGAAGCAAAGAUGUCGCAGAUAGUACCCAGUCUGAGUUCAAUUUCAUUGAGUUAUGAACCUUUCAAGUUUUCAUCCAAGCACGAAAAACCCAAAAUGCAUUUAUCAGGUGAUUUCCUGAGUUCAAAUGAAAGGCAUUUAGACUCGAGCGCAUUGUCAGCCCCGCUCCUAGAUAGUACAAACUAUGAAAAUUUGCCUGCCUCAGCCAGCGACAAGGAGAACACACUUGAUGUUAGCCCUGGCAAAAAGAAAAAGAGUAAAAAGAAAUCCAAAGAGGAGCCAUUCUGGGAUUUUGGUGACGAUUCUUCAGAAUCUGCACCAAGCACCUCUGAUGUUGUGACUUAAAAUUGUCUGCAGAGCUUUCUGAAACUCGAUCGUUUCCUAAAACUUAGCUGGAAGGUAUAAAGCAUAUGAACUGACAAAUUGCAGUGAGGAGAGCGGUGGCCUUCUGUGUGAAGUUUCCUCUACCUUUCAUUGACUGCUAUCAAUGACAGAAAAUACCCAUCCCCCAAAAUCUUUUCUCCCAACAUAACAUUAUUUUUCUCUUACGAAUUUGCUUUUGGUCUCUGUAGGAAUUGCCUUAAUUCCGAAUCAAGGGUUGUGACACAUUUCGAGCUCAAAUAUUCUGAUUGGUGUGAAGGAAGCAAACAUUUUCUUGCUGCACCAUCUAACAUGAUAAUGUGCCAUUUUAGACAUACUUAAUGGGGCAUGUUUUGGCCCCGCAUUUAAAAAGACUUCGGCCAUGGCAGUUCCCACACGAGAACCACUUUUUUACUCUACCUAAUCGCUUGACACUGUUUGUGUGCACAUUUUGAGAAAACAUUUUUUCCAUAAAUAUUUGAAUGUUAAGAUGUUCUUGUAACUUGCAAACUCAUUCUACAAAGUUUAAAAGUGUUCAAUGUUUUUUAAUGAAAUAGUAGUAAUUAGUCUCUCACUUGGUCACUCGGGUGAAACCAAAAUUAAAAAAAUAUUAUCAUUACUGGAAACAUAAAUGGUUAAAAUAUUUAAUACACUUUACUUACAUGAUGGACUUGUUGUAACAAGUAAUUUAAACGUAACGCUGGCUGUUACCCUCCAAAAAUGUUUUGAGAGCGAAGUGAAAAUCGAGAAAGCUUUUUUGAUGGUUGUGCUAUCAAGCAGCAAAGUUUAAAGUUGGAUAACAAUCUUGAGAGAAUCAAUUAAUUACGUGUGUAAUUUAUCAUUGUGGAACGACGCCAUAAGACUAAAAUCAAUUUGCGAGGAAUUGUAGCUUCGCAGUUCAGUCAGAAAACAACAGAUUGACUAUUGCUGCUUUGUAAUCAGUAAAACAUUGUUGCAUUUGUGAUAAUAUUUUAUAACAUUUUCAUUUCUUUGUCCUCGGCACCAUGUUAUUAUAGAAUGGGCAAAUAAUGUAAAUAAGCUGAGGUGAAGUCUUUGCUUGUGGCAGCAAAAUCCAUAGUUUUCACAUUCUUAGCAAUAUUAUUUAUUUUGUGUAAUUAUUAAAACAUUUUUUCCCUUUUUAGUUCAAAUUAUUACUUAUUCAUAUUAUAGAUCACUAAAUAAGUAAACCGAUUGUGAUAAGAUAUAACUUAUGGAUUUCCAAGUCAGCGAUUAGUUACAGAGCGAAUCAAAUAGGAUAUAUAUGUAAAUAUUUCUCAAUGUACAUCUCGAUUACCAAAUUUUAUAUUCUGAUGUAUUGAUUCUUAAAGUCACUAAUAAUCUGAAAAUAUAUUUUUAUAGGCAUUUUAGCUGCUCUGUAAACACUUGCUGAUUUGUAAAUUCAGCUUCAGUUUAGUGAUUGUUUUUUGCUUCUAUUUUUAAAAGAAUAUGUGUAUACAUUUGUGAUAUGCUAUCAAAAUUUAAAACUCCAAUUUAGGAAACACGUCAAAAUAAUUUCAAAUACCAACAUUGGCCUCAAUCUGCUGCACCUCUUAUAACCGUUUAAAUCAAAACCAAAAAUCCUGAUCAUAUUGUGGGUUGAUGUACCUUCUAUCGUGUGAGAUGGUGGUCUUGUCAUGAUACAGGGAGAGGGAAAGGUGUAGUAUUUUACAUUGUUACACUGACAGAACUAAAACGUACGCUUCACAAACUUAACCAUAAAAAAAUCUCCCACCUUGACAUUCACCACACUUCUGGAAAUAAGAUCAUUAAUGGGUAUGGAAAUGGAAUAAACAUUAUAACUUUAUACAAGCAUUCAAUGUUUAUUCUACUAUAUUCAAAAAACUUAUUAUUAUAGUAUUUUUUUGUCGCCACUGCCAGACCAAUUUCCGAAAGUAAUUAUAACACUAUAUAUACAUAUUAAUAAGCAUAUUGAAAUGUACAUGAUUAGACGGAAUGGAGAAACCCGAUGAUUCCAAAAUUCUUUCCGUGCAACUUUGCUGCUCAGGGUUGAAAAUAAGUAACGUAAAAUAGGGUUCUCCAUUUUAGUGAGUUUGAUUCUGGUUUUAAUUUUUCGUAUAUUUUGUGAAAUGGCAGUAGUCAUUAAAUGCCGCUGUGUCUUUUGUGUUAUUUUUCUUUUCUUCUCUUUAGAGUCGUUCAAAACUUAAAUAUUUCUCUACCAUUCUUAUUAAUAGUGCGUGAGUGAUGUGAUUUUUCGCCGCAAUUGUUGUGUGUUAGUGAAGUACUGUGUUGAUUAUCUUGUUAGAGAUAAGUAAAAUUAUUGCAGUUAAUACAUAGCUAGGAGAGUGAAGCAAAGCAAAAGAAUAUCUAUUUUUGUCAGGAAAAUUAAGUGAGAAAAUAUUAUAGCCCUCAAAAUCGCGACUGUAAUUAUUUAAAAUUUAAUGGUUGAAAAUAUUCUCCCAACUUAACCGGUUAAUAUUGAUAUCUAUAGAUAAUUAUUGUUGUAAAUAUAGAACUUACGAAACCAGUUUUUCGAUGAUGUGCUCCAUAUUUAUAUUUGUAUAUUAACUGUACACUGUGCGAAAUAUGAAUGAUAUACUAUGACUCAGAAACUUAUUAAUAAAGUAUGUUGAAUCGAGUUCA